AUGCCCGGUUUCGCAGAUUCAUUCUGGUCCAGCGACUAUGCCGCAGGUCUCGGCGUUCUGUUUGGCAAGCUGCAGCAAGGCGCCCAGGAGAACCGACAAGUCUUGACCAUUGCACGCAUGCGUGCCGAAGCUGAGGAGCUCUACGGAAGUCGACUGUCUGAUAUCGCACCCGCCACGGACAAAGUGUCUGGUGGAUUCGCACAGGAUGAUGGAGCUACAGUUCGCAAGGCAUAUGAUGGCAUGCGGUCGGAAAUGCAAGAGGCUGCUCGCAGCCACCAGCGGAUCGCACAAAACAUUCGCGACCUCGUUGUGAACCCUUUCUCUCGCUGGUGCGAUGCUCAUGAGAGCCGGCUACAAGAUUCCCAGGAUGAUCUGCAAGCUCGGAUCAAGGUCCACGAUCGCCAGGCUGAGACUAUCAAGAAGUUGCGAUCCAACUACUUCAACAAAUGUCGCUUGCUGGAAGACCUUGAGGAGGAGAACAAGUUGGGGUUCCAGGACCCCGAGACCAGCCCGAAGAACCCCGCCAUCCCCGAGAUUAAGGUCCAAGAGGAGGAGCGCGCCGAAAUCGAGGAGGAGUUCUACGAGAUUGGUGACGAGACCUACCAGCCUGAGCAGCUCAAGAAGAUCCUAUCUCAGAUGCUUACGACCAUCAAGAUGGGCGAGCACAAGGUUGCGAUUCUUGGCACUUACCAGAACGUCUCAACCGGGUCCGAAAUCGUCGAGUAUCUUCAGCGUCACAUGAACAGUUCGAGUGUUAGUUAUUCUGAGCGCAUUGGGCAGGACCUGGUCAGCAACGGAUUUCUGCGUCUUGUGGGUAAUGUGGGAAGCGUUUUCGCCAACAGCUCUCGCAUGCACUACCAAUGGCGCCCCAAGGCCUUCCAGAUGGGCGGUCUGCCAGAGAAGAAGCCGCUCAACCGAACAUUCUCCAUGCCUUCUACUGGAUCGGAGGCCGGUGAUAGCCCCACUGCAUUUGGAUCCGUCGGAGAAUAUCUGUCCAACUGGAACAACCGAAACCCCGAUGAGACCCCUCGUCAACGACUGCAACGAGAGGUUACUGAGGCCGACAACAAGUAUAAGGCCGGUGUAAGGCGCCUGGACGAGCUUCGCUGCGACCUCGAGGAGGCCAUCUUCCUGCACCUGCAGUUCCUCGAACGUUGCGAGUUUGAUCGCCUGAAGGCCAUCAAAACCGUCAUUCUUGACUUUUCAGGCACAAUUGGCAACGUCAUUCCCAGUCUGCAAUCGACUGUGGAUAAGAUGCUGCUGUUCCAGGAAACGAUUCAACCGCAGGGCGAUCUGCGUUACCUUCUUGAGACGUACCGCACCGGUAGCUUCGUCCCCAAGGUUGUCGUAUAUGAGAACUACUAUAACAAGGCAAACGAGCAGACUUUUGGUGUCGAUCUGGAGGCCCGCGCCAGAGCUGAUAAGAAACGAGUUCCAGUUAUCGUCACCACCAUUCUGACAUACCUUGAUCACCAUUAUCCAGACUUGGAGGGUGAUGAGGCCAGGCGCGGAGUGUGGCUUGUUGAUGUUCCUCUCGCCCAAACCCACAAGUUACGAGCACGCGUCAACGAUGGGAAAACAUUCUCAGCUGAAGUUUUGGGCGAGUUUGAUGUUCCCACUGUUGCUAGCCUGCUCAAACUCUAUUUGCUGGAACUGCCUGAUUCCCUCGUAUCGUCGCAUGUGUAUGAAAUCAUCAGAACAAUCUAUAACAACCCUACUGCUGAUGGCUCAGAAGCAUCCCGUGUUGCUGUUCUGCAGCAAACGCUUUCGCAGCUCCGUCUCACUAACAUUGCCACUCUCGAUGCCUGUAUGAACCAUUUCACUCGUCUCAUCGAUCUCACCUCCGCCGAUGAAGAGUACACUGCUUCACUUGCCUCCCAGCUCGCGCCUUGUGUUCUGCGACCUCGUACAGAGACCUCGCUCACUCUAGAGGAAAAGCAUGCCUACAAGCUCGUCCGAGAUCUCUUUGCCCACAAGGACCCUAUUUUCAGUGCGCUCAAGCGCAUGUCUACUGUUAACCACAGUUCCUCCGUCAAGGGUAAUCGUGGUCGUGCCAUCAGCACCGACGAGAGCAACCGCAAGGCCUUGAUGGAAGAACGCAACAGGCAAUUGCUAGAGAAGGUAAACGCCAACCGAGGACGUGCUACCAGCCCUGCACCCAGUCCCCGUGGCCACAGACGCGAUCGCAGCAGCGGUGGGCCAGAGACCAGGUUCCCCAUCCAGACCAGCCCAACCACGGCGAAUGAUCGUGCUCGCAGCGGCUUCGGCAACAUCAAUAGCAUUGCCAAGACCAACCGCUCAAGCCUCGACGUUCCCAGCCACGAUGCAGAUGCCAUCAAUGGCUCUUCUGAACCAGUAAAGCCGGCUGUCGAUUCGCCCACCACCUCUGAGAAGCGGGAUAGUCUUCACGGCCGUACCAAAUUCGUGGGAGGACGCCGCGUUCCCGCCGAACCUGCACCAGAAGAGUCCAGGGGAAUCACCCUAGAGGAUGCCCCUAUGGACAACCUGUAG